CAUUUGUAUAUAACCCUCCAAAUAUGACUAAAAAAUCCAAGCCACUUUAAUUCCAUAUUUUGCUGUCCAUAUAUAGACAAUGUUACUUAAUUCGAAACGUAUACACAUAAUAAAGAAAGACUUUUAUCACAUAAAAAGUUCCAACUUGUACGAGGUUAAGCAAAAUCACAAUGGAGACCACACUAACAACAAUCCCAGAUGCGAUAUUGGUGGAGAUACUUGCGACAUUCCCAUUGAGAAGCAUCGCUGGAUUCAAGCUGGUGUGUAAAAGCUGGAAAUCAGUAAUAGAAUCGUCGUAUUUCCGCCGUGUCUUUGCUUCUUUGCACCAAAACUCCUCUCCCUCAUGGUCGAUCAUGUUCCCAACUGUUUAUCAUCAUACCAUCAAAGAAGUCAUAAGCUUCCAUGGAUGCGAGACAUGGAAUCUUCCCAAACCUUUAGCUUCUUAUAUCAUUCCUCCUAAUCUCCCUAACGCUGAAUACUUGUACGUGGCUUCUUCCAAUGGAUUAAUUUGGAUUGAUGUCACAACUUGCAGUUAUAAAUCCUUUGUUGGUAAUCCAGUUUUACAACAAUGGGUUGAGAUCCCUCCUCCUCCAUGUCCAUGUGCCACAACGGGGUUGGUAACCCGUGUGGACGAGGACGGCGUCGUUUCAGGCUUCAAAGUGGUUAGGACUUGUCAAAAGAUUGAAGCUAGAGACCGGGGAAUGUAUGUACGGAGAGUGUAUGUAUAUUCGUCCGAUACAGGGUUAUGGACUUUUAAGCGACUUUUGAACUCUCGUCCCGUGAACCACCCUCCCGUGAAUAUCAACGGGAUGCUUUAUCUGUGGGAAAGGAGAGUUGGUUCUACUAAACAUGGUGUCAUUGUAGCUCAUGACUUUUAUGGCCCUGAAGCUGAUGAUAAUUGUCAAGUUAUACCUCUCCCUGACCCUAGUGGAUACCAAGAUGUUAAGAGUUGCUUGACUACUUCAGGAGGAGAUGUUAUCUACAUUGCAAGAAUAUAUCAAAUAUUGAAACUUUGGAAGAUGAAUAAAAACUCCGAGAAUGGAUGGUGGCAACUGUCACGGGAAAUCAACAUGCCCGAUGUCAUGUAUUUUUGUUUUUGUAUUCCUAUGGCAAUGAAUCCAUUUGAUAAUGAUAUCGUCUAUCUAUGGAGUCAAAAACACCAUUGUUUGGUAACGGGUAACUUGCGGACACAAGAGUUUACUGUUCAUCAAGAAUCAGAGAAAUGGACAAGUAGUGAAGGUUGGUGUCGCAUAAACACAUGCGAUUCUAAGGGGUAUAUUGAUCACGAUAAAUCUCUCCUUAUAUUAUCCCAAUUUGUGUUUCAACGGUUGUUGCCCCGUCCGCAAAAUUGAUUAUCAUUCAUAGGGAGUUGGUAACUUUUCAAUUGCUUAUUGCAAAAGCGUCUUCUUUGGUGUAAUGUGGACAUAUUCACUAGCUCGAUAUAUCAGUAUCAUAUCAUGUUGUAUGCUAUUUUUCGAUGACUUAUGCUCUCAACUCGGAGUAACGUAAGUUGUGCUAUCUAUAUAUAAUCCUUUUCGAUUUAUGAAGCUUUAUUUCCAGAUAAUUGUUUUAUGCCGACUUUUGGAUUUAUGUUCUUUAUAAACCUUGAAACUACAUAUUUUUUUUUGAAAGGAAUAUACAUAUUACUUCCAAGAUUA